AUCAUGAAUUCUUAAAAUCCUUAUUAACAUUUACUUGAUCCUAAUAUCCCAAUUCCAACUAAUGAAUAAAUAUAAUAGGCAAAUUCUCAAUAAUAAUAUCAUUAACAUCUCUAAGGUAACUCUAAUUUGGUUCAAUCUAAUAUGGUCAAUAGUAAUCUUUAAUAACCCACUCAAAGUAAGAUCAAUGAAUAUAAAUAAUAUAAAGAGAAGAAUAAAUAAGAUGUAAUAAUACUGAUAAUAAUUAAUAGAUGACAACAAGUGUCCUAAGCUUGAAUGGAUUUUAUAAAGAGUAAAUGGAAGGAUAUAAUUUUGAUUAUACAAAAUCUGAUCAUCCAACUGUAGCUUUGUUCCAUUUUGCUAUUAAAGGGUUUGCACUAGCAGUUUAUUUAUUUGGAGGGUUAUUCAUUAGGGAAGCGUAUUAUUAAAUCAUCUAUAAUAGUUGGACUCUUCCUGAAAUUAUUAUUGUUAUAGGAGCUGUGGAUUUUUGGGUGACAAAGAACAUCACUGGUAGAUUAUUAGUAGGAUUAAGAUGGUGGGAAGAAAUUGAUGAAGCUUCAGGAGAAUAAAUUUGGGUUUUUGAAACUAGAGUAAAUGAAAAUCAAGUAAGUUAAGUUAAUUCCUUUAUUUUCUGGGCUACAUUAGUACUUACGAUAUUAGCUUGGGGAUUUUUGGGAGUUGUCAAUGUAAUUGGUCUACAUAUAUUAAAUGUAAUUAAUUAUUACUAUUCUAAAUUUAGUUAACUGGCAUUUCAUUUUAAUUGACAAUUCAAACAAUAAAUUUUUAUUUCUUUUUCUAGUGUUCUAGAGGUAUUUAAUAUUAUUUAAUAAUAUUUUUAGUUGCUAAAUAGAGAGCAAAAUAAUUAGCGAAAGUAUUGGGAGGUGAAAUUAUUAAUAAAAUGAUGAACCAAUCAGUAAUUUGGCCUAUGAGAGUUCCUAAAUAAAAAGGGUUGUGAUUUAUUUAUAGAUGUUUUGUUAUUUAAUUUUAUAAUUUAUUUUUAUGUAAAGACCAUCAACCAGCAUAACAUCAUCAUAAUAAUAAUCUAAACUUUAUGAUAGUAGUAGUACUUCUUUCAGAAUAAAAGAAAACAAGAAAAACAGGUGAGAAUUAUAACGAUUAGAAAUAGGUAAAUGCCUUAAUAAAUGCUGUAUGAUAAGGAGGGAUUGUAUGAAGAGAAUUUGAAGUUGAAAAAAGAAUUACAAUAAGUAAAGUUUGAAUUGAAGAAAGAGAGAUAAGAACAUUCAAAUUUUGAGAAACAAGUGAUGAAAACUAAUGAAACUUAAAAAGAUGUAAAUAUGUGAUGAUUUAGACAGUUUCAAGUAAUUUUGUCAUAGAGAUAAAGAAUAAAAGAGUAGGAUAAGUAAAUCAAGGAACUUGAGGACUAAGUUUUUAAAUUGAAACGGAAUCCUGAAAGGACAAAGAACAAAGAAUUAGAAGCUGAGUUAGAAGAAUAAAAAGAUGCUUAUCAAAAGUUACAAUUGUACAUUAGUAGUAAAUGUAUUCAAGAUGCAAAUGAAACUGUCAUGAUAAAUUAAUCAUUAAAGGAUCAAAUUCAAAUUAAUUUAGUUUAAGCAUAUAAACAAGAUAACUUAAAUUUGUCUUAAAUGAUUCUUAAUUUAUAAUAAGAAAAUAGUAAUUUACAAUAAAAUCUUUUAUCACUCAAGAAUGAUAAAGAUAGAUUGAAUAGCAGGUUGAAAGAAUUAGAGAAAUAAUUUGAUUCUCUUAAUAAACAUAUGAUGUAUAUGAGAUAAGAAAUGUAAAAUACUAAAAAAUAAACUCCAUCAGAAGAUUACCUAAAAAAAAUAGAUGAAUUGUAAUAGUAAAUCUAGAAUCAAACAAAAUAAUUAUAAUCAAAUAAAAAACUUAUUGAAGAAUUAGAAUAAAAAAAUGGAGAGUUGCAACACAAUUAUGAUGUAUUUAAGUCUAUGGAAUCUAAAGAAAAGGAAAAAUUAUAAGAUAGAAUUAAUAUGCUCAAAAAAUAAAUUGAAGAAUUGAAUUAAAGAAGAGAUGAUUAAGAGCAAUCAUAAGAAGGUUCACUCUAGUCUAUAGGACUAAAAUAAGCUAUGACAAUUUAUGGAAGUCCUAGAAGUAAUAAUAGUCCUUAGAAAUUGUAAUUGUAAUUGUAAUUACCUGUUACAAAUAAAAAACAGUGCUUAAAAGUUAAUUCAUAUGACAUCAAAGAAUUAGUCAGCAAUUUAAAAAUUAAAUUGUUGAGUAAUAAUAUUGAUUACGAAACAUAAGAAUAAAUUUUAUGUGAUGAUGAUGAUGAAUUUUUAACUCUAGAAGAAACAUAAUUACGUUUAUAGAAAACACCUUUUGAAUUAAAUGAGGAUUAAUCUAGUAUAUUAGCUAGAUAUUUGAUUGAAGAUAAUACAGAGGACCAUAUUCUCUAUGAUAAAUAAAGAACUUAAACAAAAGUUAUCAUUAAAUCUGUGUAUAAAAAAUUGUUAGGGGAAUAUAAUUUAUUUGAAGAAUUAGAGAAAUAAUAAAUAUAUGAAUACUUUUGUUAAUUGUUUCAUAAAUAUAAUUAAGGAAUUGAAUCUGCAAUAAAACAAUUGAAUAUAAAAAAAAAGGAUUUGCCAAAUAAUUAAUGUUUAUAUGAAGAUUUUAAUGUAAUACCAAAUAUGUAAUAUAGGAAGCAUUAAAAUAUUGUGAUAUUCUUUUGACUUCGAGGUAGAGACUUUAUUUAGAAUUAGAAAUAUUUUCUGAUUCUAAGUAAUUACAACGAUUUAAUUUUUAGACUCUAUUUUAAAAGUUUAAAUUAAAGGUUUCUGAUUUAGAUAAUAGUAUUAAUUGAAUUAAUUUUUUAUUUUAAGUUAUGGACCCAACUAUAAUAGAAUCAAUAAAAUAACUUCCUUCAAAAUAAUAAACUACAGCAAUAGCAAUCUAGUAUCACCUUAACGGAUGGGAAGAAUCAAAGAAAUAAGUUUUUAAGAAACUAAUUCAAUUACAAACAGAGUAUUUAAAGAGUGUUAUUCCUUUAUAAAAUGAAAUUAAUGCUAUUAUUAAAGGUCUUAGAGCUCCAACAGAAGAUGAAAUUAAAGAUGCAAAUACAUAUUAAAUUGAAGUUAGAAAUAUUGAUGCAUCUCCUCUUCAGAAUUAUUGGGGAUAAGUUUUAAUGAAUAAUAAUUUGACAAAAAAAAUAAUAUCUGAAGCAGACAAAGAAAUAUUUAAACAUCUUUUGUCAGUAAGUAUUGAAUUAGGAGAAAAUGGAAUAGAUUUUACAAUAAAAUUCGAAUUUGAAGAAAAUUAACAUUUUCAGGCAUGUAUUUUAACUAAAGCAUAUAUUUUUGAAGAUUCUGAUAAUGAAUUACCAACCAAAUUAAAAGGAUCAUAAAUUAAAUGGAAAGAAGGUUAAAACAUUACUAAAAAGAUUGUUAAAAGAAAAUAAAAAAAUAAAAAAACUGGAUAAACAAGAGAAAUUUAUAAAGAAGAAAAAGCCCCUAGUUUUUUUCAUUUCUUCGAAGAUGUUGAAUAGAUCAAUAAUAAAAAAGAAAAAAAUUAAAGAAAAUAAUUUGACUAUGAAUUGGGAUCAGAAUUUUUAAAUUAAAUUAUUCCUAAAGCCUUAUUUAAUUACUUAAAAUUAAAUGUAGAUGAUGAAUAAGAAAAUUGUGAAAAUGAUUAUAAUGAAAUCUGA